CCGUCCCGCCGCGCCGCGCGUGGGCGUUCGUACGUGCUUGUUUGUGCAGCCCCGCGGUCCCCGUGGCUGACGGCUUGCCUGCCGUGUCGGCGUGCUCCCUGCCGCCCCUCCGUGGACGUCGUGGAGGCGGUGUCGUCUCGUCUCGCGAGCCGCCCCGCCGGCCUGUCAGCGGCCCGUCGCCGGAGGGAGGAAACUAACCUCCAGAUCCAGGGAGGCUGCGCCCAACCUCCGUUCGGUUCGCGAUUCGCGCCGCACGAGGGCGCCGAGACGAACCGACAGCCGUGUGAGGAGUCACCGCCUCCGACUCGUCGACGGCGACCUGUCCUCGCCGCGGCCUCCUCGACGGCGUCCUGACGGUGUCCUGGCGGACGUGUCCUCACCGCGGCCGAUCACCCCCGAGGUUAAGGGCCGCCAACCACCCCCACCCCUCCGCGCCUUCCGCGCGCGCCGUGGUCCCGUCCUCCGUCCUCCCCAAAGUGAUCCGAGCAACGAAACCCCUCAACUCCGAGGAUUAACCGAACGACUGCAGUGCCGCCGCCUCGCCGCUUUGUGACUUUGGAUACCUCGCUCGCUUGGAUACGCCAUAGAACCAAGGCUGCCGCGACGACUCGACAGAGAAGCCGCCCGAGGAACCGCCGGUCGACUACGAUGUAACCCCUCCAGUGACGCCUUCGGCCUCGCCGGCAGGCCGCCCCUUCGAGGGCCUCAUGGCUGACGGCGGCCCCGCAGGGGGCUCCGGCCCGGGCGCGGGCCACACCGGGGGCAUGGGGGUCAUGGUGGGGCCCAACCAGACGGCCCCGGAGGAGGGCUACCUCCUCAUCCAGGUGCACGUGCCCGAGCUCAACGUGCAGAAGUGCCUGCAGUUCCCCCGGGACCAGUUGGUGUGGGACGUGAAGCAGCAGUGCCUCGCCGCCCUGCCCAAGGUGGCCACGUGGUUCAGGGAGUUGAAGGAAAGCUUCAACUAUGGCCUCUUUUCGCCACCUGUGAACGGGAAAGCUGGCAAGUUUCUGGACGAAGAAAGGAGACUCGGAGACUACCCAUUCAAUGGACCUAUUGGUUAUCUCGAGCUCAAGUAUAAACGCCGAGUAUACAAGAUGCUGAAUUUGGAUGAGAAACAACUGAAGGCUCUUCACACUCGAUCAAACUUGCGUCGUUUGCUCGACUAUGUGACCCAUGGCCAGGUAGAGAAGAUAACUAAAAUGUGUUCAAAGGGUCUUGAUCCCAAUUUCCACUGUCCAGACUCAGGAGAAACACCGCUUACCCUAGCUGUGGCAAUUAAGAAACCUGGCAAGGUCCUCAUGGCCCUUGUAAACGGAGGUGCUAUCCUUGACUAUCGUACUCGAGAUGGUUCAACAGCGAUGCAUCGUGCAGUGGAGAAGGGAAGCUUGGAAGCCUUGUCUACGCUUUUGGAGCUUGGAGCAUCGCCCAACUACAAAGAUGGCAAGGGUCUGACACCCUUGUACUUGACUGUCACUCAUCGCACAGAUCCAAUGCUUGCCCAAACCCUCCUGCAUGAUAGAGCCGUCAUCGGAGCCCAGGACUUACAGGGUUGGCAGGAGGUGCACCAGGCCUGCCGCAAUGGACUUGUUGUCCAUUUAGAACACCUUCUGUCAUACGGAGCAGACAUGAAUGCCAAAAAUGCCUCUGGAAAUACUCCCCUUCACGUUUGUGCAGUUAAUAACCAAGACUCUUCUGCCCGAAUGCUCUUGUUUAGAGGUUGCCAACGAGAUGCCCUCAACUAUGCAAAUCAGUCGCCUUAUCAAGUUGCUGUGAUUGCUGGCAAUCUUGAACUUGCUGAGGUGAUCCAGAACUUCCGGUCUGACCAAGUUGUCCCAUAUCGGGAGCUCCCUCAGUAUAACCCACGAAGGAGAAGAUAUUCUGAUAUUUAUGGCACUGGCUUGGUGACGUCCCCAUCUACGACCAGCAACUUGGACGUUGUGCUCCUGCCCCCUUCCCCCUCCCUCUCAAACAGAUCAGUGCCCCCCUACAGCUACGCUUCAUCUUCCAUGAGCGAAACCUCAAGCGGUUCUUCAACACAGCCAAGUGUCGGAGAAGAUUGCGUCAGCAUCAUUACAGAUAAAAGUGUGGAUGAAACCAGUGACAGCUCUGGCGUUGGCACUGCCACAAGUGAUUUGAGUAACUCCAUAAGUCUUCCUGGAACAACUGUCAUCUGCCUGGAAAACUACAGUUCAAAUCUUUCUGGCCACCUCAACAUAAUGCAAGGAGACAUACUUGAAGUGACCGGAGCAACAGACUGUGGAUUGUUGGAAGGAACUCUUCGUGGUCGAGGAUCUGGCUUGUUCCCAUCCCACUGCGUCCAGGAAGUGAUGCUGAGGCCAGGCUCUGCCAAUGGCUCUGUCAAUGGCUCAGCGGGCUCUACCUCCACAUUAUGUCGACCCUCUUCCUCUCGUGUGUUAGGCAGGCGAGAGGUAAACAACAAACACUUCGCCACAGCUCCUCGUCAAAAGAAACAGGUGGCUGCUGAACCAAGGACAGUGGUCCUUCAUCGGUCAAGAAAAGGAUUUGGCUUUGUGUUGCGAGGAGCAAAGGCUACAUCACCACUCAUGGAAUUGCAGCCUUCAGAACGUUGCCCUGGAUUGCAGUAUUUGGAUGAUGUUGAUCAGGGAGGCGUGGCAGAUUUAGCUGGCCUCCACAAAGGGGAUUACCUUGUUGCAAUUAAUGGGGAGGAUGUGUCAUCUGCAUCUCAUGAACAUGUGGUGUCACUGAUUCGUCGAUCCGGGGAUUUAGUCCAAAUGACUGUUGUUUCACCUGCGGCUUCCAUGAUAAGCACUGUACCGAACUCCAAGUCAAGCAUGACAUUCUCAUGCACGGGUAGCAAUGGUACGGGAACAGCGCCAGCCACACCUCCCACAAGGCAGUACGCCACUUUACCUCGUAAACUUAGCAACAAUAGCACGCUGGGAAGGUCGCCAGCUCCAUUGCCUCCAAGAAGAGACCCCCGCACUACCCUGAGUGUGGGACGGGCUCGAGCACGGUCAAUGGUUGCUGGGCUUGAGGGAGGCGGUGAGCGCGAGGAGGGUCUGGAAAGCAGCACGGGCCGAAGCAGCAGUGCGGAGUCGAUCCACUGUGCGUCCGGCACCAACUCCAACACGGGCUCUGUGGCUGGGGGCCUCAACACAAGCGCGGGCGGCCAGGCCGGCCACCCCCGCACGGCGUCCAUCCGCGCCAGGCCCACCUCCUCCAGGAUCACCGCCACGGAGCUGGAGGAGCUGUUCCAGCGGCAGCAGGGCAGUGGAGGAUCCGCACUCAUGAGCUCGUACUUCCAGUGUGGAAUGGGUGGAAGUGCAUCCUCGUCGCAGCCUGCAUCUCCUGCAAGGACACCUAGAGUUUACAACAGCGUGGCUGAAAUGAAGCGAAUGAAGGGCAAAGCCAAUUCUCGGGUGCGUUUCUCGAUCGCGGGUAUCUCUGGCAUAACGGAACUUCACCGAGACUUCCACAGUACACCGGACCUAGCAGCUCGCUCUGGCAUUUACAACGGCCUGCCAAACGGGUCUGUCGACCACCGUGUACCGAAGAGCCAUCGCAGUGAGGAUGACGUCACCACCAUCAUGAAUGGACGCCCCCCGCUGCCACCCCCUAACCACCCCCCACCCCCGCCUCCGACGCAAAUUGUCAAAGUUGAUGUCAAGGAAACAAACGGUUCAGCCAAGGGAAGUGAUUACAUUAAUACUGCUGGAUUGGCUUCAGAUUCGAAUGAAAAUUACAUGUCAAGCUUCAGGCCUAGCAGUAGUGCCAAGCUAUAUGCCUCACCUGAUGAAAUAAAAGCUGUUGGGUAUCGCACCUCUACUCUUCCUGCAUCAAGGCCUCAAGUUCGUAAAGCUAAUAGUUUGCGUUCUCCACCAUCUACUCACAAGCAGCCUGUGCAGCACCAAAUGUCUGAUCAGGGUCCAACUCUGGUUACAACUAUUUCUAUCGGAUCUAACAAUAACUCUAGUACAAUCAGUGGGAAUGGAAAUAGUGCCGAAGCAAACCAAUACGCUCAGCCAUUCCGUUGUCGGCGCAGUCUAAGUACCAAAGAAAGACGAGAAGCUAAGAACCGAUUGUUGGCCAACCAAGCAGCCAAUCAAGCCAAUGGCUCCUCUCAGGUGCCAGCACCUCCUAUCCCCGAUCCUGACUACAGCCUGAGUGAAGGCGAAGGCAGUGAAGGGGAUGCGAGGGAGCAGGAGGAAGGCAUUGUCAAAAGCUCCAUCUCUCACAACAACAACAACAAUGAAGGAAGUGGAAAUUCAGAAAGUUCAAGUGGAAGCGGGAGCAUGACUCACAGCUUCAGUGUUGAUGAAAUUCAAAAGGUCCGCACUCGGCUGAAGAGUUCCAAAUCAUAUCCAAACGAUUUCCUCUUGAAUCAAGAUGGCACUAAGGAUGGGCAAGAGGGUGCAGUGGAAGAUGGAGACAACUCAUCGAGUGGAGUGAGCUCGGACCAGGAAAUCCCUGGUGGCCCUUCAUCCCUGGAGAACAACCCUCAAAUUCGCUCUGUCAAGUUCCAGCAGAAAGGUGGACAGGUCAUUUCCAACUCCAUGACCCUACCUUCACAGCGACAGCAGCAACAGCAGAGAGCUGCCUAUCAUGCUCAGGGCUUACUGACCAGGAAUGCAGUAUCUCUUGCGCAGCUUCCUCCUCCACUGGAGGCAGAGGCCGAUGAGCCUGGGGCCGAGGGUGUCUUUGUGCCACCACCUCCCCAGUUCGGUGCCGCCGGUGGACCAACUCCCACUGAGGAAGUCUUUGCGCCCCCACCUCAGUUUUGUGAUAAUCGCCUUGUGACAAGAGUUCGCAUUGUGGGCACCACUCCAAAGGGCCCAUCAGUUGGUGGAGGAAGAUUAAAUAGUCAGUAGGCUUCCUCAAACUUACUCUGCAGUAGUCUAUGAGUCAUGACAGUGACCUUGUACAAGCUUCGAAAGUCUUUUUAUUUUAUGUUCUUCUUUAUGUUGUCACACCCCAAUCAUUGUUUGACCAUUUUUAAGGUCUCUUUAUCUUUCUGAAAAUUUAAAGGAAAUAUUCACUUACAUAAACUAAUCUCAAAGUUUCUCUUGUGAAUAAAAAUCAAUUUAGCUAAAAUGUUUAUCAAUUUGCUUUCUGUUCAGUAUUUAACAUGUACAUAUGUAGUUCUAUUAUGUAUAAAUUACUGAAGUGUAACUGAGACUGUAUAGUAAACUUACAAUAGAUAAUUUUCAAUUCCCUUUUUACUGUAUGUGGUCAACCACAGGCAGCGACACUGUUGUGAUAAUUUAACGUUUAUAAAGUUCUUUUCUUUGCCGUGUACCAAUUGUUUUUCUUAUUAGGCUACUUAGGCUUAUAGUGAAAAUGUCCAUUCUAUGAACAUUUAUGCCAUUUAUAAAACGAAUGUUAAGACUAUGCUGCCAUGAUGUUUGGCAAGUACCUUAGUGAUCCGUGUCAUUGUCACUUUUACAGCAAAAUUGAAUGCUCAAAGUAAAGUUACAGGCUCUACCUUCAGUUUUUAAAAUUGUCCCUAUCAUUAUUUGAACAAGAACACUGUCUUUUGAUGGCCAGACUUACAUGAGGACCAUGUAAUUUUAUUCUGUUAUUCAUUUGCACUGGACCUGAAAACAUACCCUAUACUCUCUGUGUGUGCACAAGUUUUAAGUAGUUCCCCAUGCUGCUUCUGUCUCCGGGAAAGCGGAAAGCAUUUGCCUCUGAUUGGACUAAUGACUACGAUAUGUGUUGUCAAAUGCUUUUUAUAUUUUUAUCAACUCAGUAGUAAUCAAUUACCAAAGAAAUUUUAACUCUACCUUAUGCUGCAGUAAAAAUAUUUGUUUCCUUUUUGUUUUGAAUUUUAUUGUUUUAUUCUGUUUGUUACUCUAUUAAAGUCUCUAUCAAACUUUGACCUUUUAUUUAAAUCAAUCAUAUGUUGUAUAAGCUCUAAAAGGCUUGUAGGGUUUUAAAGAUUCUACUACACUAAGUUGUUUUAUAAUGUCGAAUUAUUGAGAAUGCUUAACCAAGAUGAACUCUAUUAUAGAUUUUAAACACUGUGCAUGUUGAUCUGUUUUUGUUUUUCCUUUAAUUUUAUUGGGCCUAGAUUCGACUUUUUGAAUCAGUAUGAUGGUGUCUUGAUGGCUUUUGAAAAAAAAAUGAUUUUAGUAUCCUUAUCUGAAUAUCUCUGUUGAUCUUUUUCUACUGUGCUUGCAUAAUUAUAUGAACAGUCUCCCGAGCAGAACCAUAGUAGCCAAUAAAAUUUAAGAGCAAUGUAGUUUUAGUGACAAACUUAUCUUGUUUGUUCUGCAAAACAUUCCCCAUAUUUAUAAAUCUGAACGCAGUCUGUUCAAAUGAACUCAAAUGGUGUUAUCGUAUUCUAUUUAUUCCUAUUAUUAUUAUGACAUUAAUAAUUGUGUUUCCAUCUUGUAUGAUAUUCUCAAGCCAAUUGUGAGACGUUAUCUGAUUUGAAAGCUAUCAGAUUUAGUGACCAAAACGUGACAUGUGUACUCUUGUUAUUUGCCAUGGAUGGCAAAGAUAUUGUUUUAACAGUUACUCUUACUCUUUUGAAAGGAAACCUUUCUUUCAGUAGAGCUACCAUAGACUCUAUGUAUGAAUACUGUUGUCCUUUAUGUACCUGUCUUCUCUAUGUAAAUAUAAGCUAAUGUAUUGUCAGAUUAACAGUCUUGUGUUCACAAAAUCUCUGUUGUUGUUAAUGUUUGUUUCUAGAUUUGUUCAUAAAGAGGGCACUUUUCAAUAUCUGCAAAGUCAAGCUCGAUCAGGCUCAAUGAUGGCUGUUAACAAGUAAGUGGAGAAUUGCACAUUGGGAAUAACUUCAAUUGUACUGAAUCAGUUGCAACUGAAAUGAAGAUGUGUUUAUGUUCGUUUAUCCACUGAACUGAAGUGAGUUUUUGAGGUUGGUACACUACUAGCGGCAAAAGAAAUGAUCCCAUCAUCCUUCCAUGUUCAAAAGAAUUUUGUAAGGUCAGCUUUGGUGUGGACAUCCAUUGAGUUAGGAGACACAUGGGUAUCAUUUCUUUCAUUCCGGAUAGUAUGUCAAGUGUUUUACUUUGAGCUGGGAGAAAUUAAUGUGAACUUAUCCAUAGAGAGUAACUCUGGUCUACAAUUGCAGUUUAGAUUGUAAAUUGGGCUAGUUCGGUAAUGCUGCUCUGGCUUGCUCAUAUUUUAAGAACCAUAUUGCCAGAUAGCUAUUUUCAUUCUUUGAUUAGUAUGCAGCAAAAAAAGGUUAUUUGGAAGCUAGUAUUUUGGAUAUACCCUUCACAAUGCAAAAAUAUUCUGCUAAUACUUGCAAAUUAUAUUGUGUUUUUCCCCUUUACUUUACUAUUUGCUCAAUACGAGGAAUAUUUAUAUCCAGCUAUGAGAGUAAUCUGCUCCAGCUACAUCAGCAAAAGAGAUGUGUGAGAUUUGGUUCGAUUGCCACAGAAGUAUUGGAAGGUUCUCUUUGGGAAAAGAAUACAGCCGUGGAAAAUUAUAAUGUGCUGUGUUGAAACUUGAUGAAAGGUGCCAAAUUAAUUUGCCAUGCUGCUGUGUGAAUAUUAUGCUCUGUCAUUAUUAUUCUGGAGUACAAUGCAUGGAUUGUCUGUUAUACUUCAUGCAGUAUUAUUUUUAAAAGUAAUAGAGUAAUGCUGAAGAAUAAGUCUUACCCUUUAUGCCAAACAAAAUGUAAAAUAUGUAUGAUUAACUGCAAUAAAGAAUGGAAACCAG